CUGUUUGGUCGAAUUUCAGCUAAUCUUCAAGCUUACUUAGCAACUCUGUAACAGACAUAAAUCUUAAAGGAAUGAAAGUGUCAAAUCAAUACAAUAUGAUUGUCAGUCUCCUGCAAGUCUUCACAAUUAUUUUUCUCGUCAUAUUGAAUUUGAAAUCUGUUGAAUCAAACAAAAUCGAACAACUUUUUAGAGAAACAACCACAUCAAGAUGCUUGAAUGUUCCAAGUGCAGCAACCGAAUAUACGACAUCCGUCAUAGAAUGUGCAGCACGGUGUAUGAUGAAUGAAGAAUGCGGUUACUUUAGCUAUUGUAAUGAAAAGUGCAAAAUUUUUAAAUUGUUCUACGACGAAAACAUUGACGAUAUAAAUUGCGACUGUUUGUCAUAUAUGAAACACUCCGUAAGCAGUACAAGCUGGCAGAAAGUAUUUGAGAUGAACAAUAACACGUUUAAAAGGAGUCCGAUAUAUAAAUACUGGAACAUCUUGCCUAUUGAAAAGGUGAAAUUAGCUUUGAGAAAAAAUAAUACCGAUGUCCAUUCAUUAAUUUUCGACGGAAGAGGGACAACUUACAAAUCGUGGUUCAGUGACAGUAGACUCAUUUCCACACCGUGGUUUGGAAAUUUAUCAGCAAACUACAAUUUGUAUUUCAACGAAGAGAGAUUUGCCAUCUGGCCACAUACACUAUACAGUGCGAUGAAAGCACAAAAGAAGGAUGGUAACAACACAGGUUACGCUGUACAUUACAGAGAGAAUUUAAGAAAUGAAAGCGAGAGGAAUUAUGUAGAUGCUAUGGAUAUCUACAUCUUAUUGACAUAG